CUCUUGGUUUCGCGCGAAACUUCCUCCGCUCCGAGCCGUCGCAGACAACUUUUGACCGCUAAUUCGCCACCGACAUCAUCAUGCUUGUUGAUUAACAAUCCACUCACGGAUAUCUAUUUAUUUAUAAAAAUCAAUUGACGGCGGAGCACAGCGCAGCACGAAGAAAACUCGGAACGUGUGCGUCGCACGCCGGAAAAGUUAAAAAGUGAAAAUUCUUUGGUGUUUGUUUAGUGGAAGACUUUAAGUGUGCGCUGCGUAACAGCACGUCGCAUCGUGUUCGCGUUUGGCAUUCGGCAACCGCCGCCGCAUGAUGUCCCAGACGCCCGGCGAAGAAUAAGUAAAAAGAAGUCGAGGGAACAUUCGUCAAAUUGUCGCUUUGAUUUCCGUCAGAAUCGUGCGCGCGAAAAUAAAGAAGAAAAAUCGUCCGCGCCGGCGACAUCAGAUCAAAAGACUUUUGUGGUCCAUUGGUUUCGCGUUACGACUCGACAUUCUUCAGCAGCGCUCAAACCAACCCCAAGUCUCCCGAACGAUUUUUUAAGUGCGUGUGGUACGUAAGUGUUUUUCGACUUUUUCGCGGAACGCUGAGCAUUGGAAUAUGUGAUUUUCCACGCGCUCAAAGUGUUCAAACAAUUUCGGGCACACUUGUCGCGCUUUUGUAACGGCAUCGCAGCAAAAACACGUCUGAUUCAAGAACUAUGCAUCUGGCUAGUGAAGUAAGUUCGACGACGGGCGGUCAUUACGAUCGCAACAAUUUCAGCGGUUUGACAACCGAAAUGUUAGCGGAGCGCACCUUGGACGGCCUGUUGUCCGAGCAUCCCGGCGAGUUAGUACGCACGGGCAGUCCACAUGUGGUGUGUACCGUAUUGCCGCCUCAUUGGCGGUCCAACAAGACACUGCCGGUGGCGUUCAAGGUAGUUGCACUCGGCGAUGUUGGCGACGGUACACUGGUCACGGUACGCGCCGGAAACGAUGAGAAUUACUGCGCAGAGCUGAGGAACUGCACGGCGGUGAUGAAGAACCAAAUCGCCAAAUUCAACGAUCUGCGCUUCGUUGGUCGCAGCGGACGAGGCAAAAGUUUCACGCUCACGAUUAUAAUGGCCACGUCGCCGCCGCAAGUUUGCACCUACAACAAGGCGAUUAAGGUGACGGUGGACGGACCACGAGAACCGCGCUCGAAGACGCGGCAGACCUUUCACCACUUUCCGUUUGGGCCGCGCUCCUUUGGUCCGGACCCACUUACUGGUGGCCUGCCCUUCAAACUUAGCGGCAUUGCCCACCAUCUCGCUGGACUGCCGGGCCAUCAUCCCGAUUGGGCGAUGUUGGGAGCUCGACACCCGUACCCCGGUGGUCCGUUUGUGGCACAUCACCAUCCGCAUUUUCCACCGCACAUGUUCGCCGCAUUAGAUCGCCCCGUCAACACUUCUCCGAGGAUAGCCAACGAACCUAGCUCGACCUCCCUGGGCCCCAUAUCUAUCAACUGCAGUACGGCGCAUAGCACCACCUCACCAAAAUCAUCACCCACACAAGUGGGCCUCCUAACAACAGCACCUCUCUCACCUGCUGAAGACGACAUCUCCGUGACGGCAUCACCCACACCCUCACCACAACCCCCACCAGCAUUUCCAGGUGUUGCUCCACCACUCCACGGAAACCAUCUUUUCAACAACGCACUCGCGGCGAGUCUAUUCCUCAACGCACCUCUACUACCACCGCCAGGGCAAUGGCUCUACUCCCAGUUCUACCCACAGGAACUAUCCACGUGGAUGAGUCUACGGCAUCCACUAGCGCGCAGCUCUUCACCACAGAACCCCGACAGCUCCGGCAACAUGGAACUCGACGUGGACGAUUCAACAAGUAACGAAAAUAAACCCGACGACGCAAAGACCACGCCGGCUGCCAACGCCAGCACGAAUCCAUCCAGCAAGCGGGAGGAGAAACCCUCGACGCAUGAGAAACCCGCAUCGCACAGCCAGCCGUCGAGCGUCGAGCUGGUCCCCGCGCGGAGGUCCAGAGAAGAGGGUGUCAAUCUCACGAUACACCGGGGUCGCAAGGCGCCGCUGACGUUAAUUAAACACAAAGACGAGGUGACGUCGUCUGAAAAGAACUCCAGAGGUAACAAUGGCCGCCAGGUAGACGUGUGGAGACCUUACUGAAGCUUCCCGAUCACGCCUCAGGCGGUUCGGCAGGCAUUGUCAGUGUGAAAUUCAGCGAGACAGUGAUUUAUGAUUCCGUACGCAACGCGACAGUGUGCGGAGAGUAAAAAUAAAAAAUGAGAAAAGAAAAAUCUUUGAAAAAUAAUGAACUUUACCGUCCCGUUACUUAAUGACUUUUCAUUAUUAUUACUAACGUAAUUACCUAACGAUACCGAUAAGUGUAUAUUAUGUAAUAAUAAAUGUGCGUUACUUUGCCGGAAGAAGAAAAAGAAGAAGAAUCAAUUCGAAUCCAUUUUCAACUUUUCAUCGACGAUUAAUUCCAAUCGAAGUACUUAAAUUAUAAUUAUAAUUAUAGAUGUAUGUCUAAUAGAUGUUAUGAUUAUAAUUAUAAUUCUAGAUUAAAGAUACACGUACGAUGGCUGUUCAUUAUUUCUAUUUGUAAUUAUUAACUCGUAUUUAAGUGAAUGAAUGCAGACACAGAUUUCGAUGUGCGCGUCUUUUCUCGAACGCGGCCAGCGUUCAAUAUCACGA